AUAAUCUUGAUUCUUUAAAAAAACCUCAAAAUAUUCCUUCAAAAUGCCUCCAAAAAAGAAAAAAUCGGGCGCUAAGAAGCUGGCCAAUAUGACGGAAGAAGAAAGGAUGAUUUAUCUGGAGCAAAAACGGCUUGCUGAGGAAGAGAUGCGUAAGAAAAAAGAGGAAAUGUUAACACAAUUUUUGAAGGAUAAACUAGCUAAAGAAGAAAAGAAUUCAAAAUUUAACCUGCACAAACUUCAGAAUCAGUGGAGAGUGAUUAUGAGAGAAAGUAAAGCCCAAGAUCUAAAGAAAGAUAUUGAGAUAUUAAGUCAGACUUUUGAGAGAAUUAUUGAUCGUAAAGAAGCAAUCAUCAAGUCACUUGUGAAGGAUAUUGAGGAGGCAGAGGAACAAUAUGAGAUGGCUCUGAGAAGUCACUUGCAGAAUCAAGAUCAUAUUAUAGAUUUACACCAGAGCCGACUCAAAACGCUUUCUGAGGAGUUCAAGAAAGAGCAAACAAUUGUCAAGGAGGAAUUUGAUAAGGAAAGACAAGAAAUAAUAUCACAACAUAAGCAAGAGAUAACAGACAUUCAGGAUAUUGUCUUCGCAAUGGAACAGGAGAACCAGGAACAAGAUGGCGAGAUGAAACAAGAAUUUCAAAGCUAUAGAGAUGAAAUUAAAAAUAAAAAUUUGGAAGAGAAACAUGCUUUACGGAUACAACUUGAGGGAACCGUUGAAGAUUUGUGGAGGCAGUUUCAACAGGCCUUGAAGAACUACAAUGAAACAACAGAAGAACGGAAGAAUGCUUUUGAAAAUCUUAAGCAACGAGAUGAGAAGAGCGCCAAGGAGAUUGAGACGCAGAUGAGAAAACUACAGAGAAUUCAGGACACAAUUGCUCAACUGAAAGUGAAGUUAUCCAGCAAUGCAAAGGAAUGUGACGAACGAAACAAAGUCAUCAAGGAGCAACGGGAGGUGAUUGCCGUAGAGUUUCAUCAACUCAAAGCAGAAAUGAACAAAUACAGAGAGAGUGAAAGAUAUGCUCUCACACAGCUGACCUUACAAAGUAAUGCUACGAUUAAAGAACUCACUCGUCUGAAAGAGAAGGGAGCUAAAAUUUUCCGCCUCGCUGAAAUGUGCCGCAAACUAGAGACGGAACAAGAGAAGGUUCUGCCGUUUUACGCCUCGUCUCUGACAGAGGAAGAAGAACAGCAAGCGAAGACGGCGGAGAUGGAGGCGCCUGCGGAAAUACUCGCUAAGGUUCUACACGAGUACACAUCGUUGGAAAACUUUUGGAAGAGAUACAACAAGGUUGUCCUCGAUAAGUUGGCUUUGGAUAAAGAGAAACGUGAUCUACUUCAAGAAAACACGCAGCUUCGUGCUGUUCUGAAGCAGUAUCUGGAUGGCAUUUCUGUCAACGAUGAAAUUUUAACUCAACAAAAUCCACUGUUUGUUGUCAACAAUAAAACUAACGUCAAAUUCACGGUACCAGUGAACGAUGGCAGAGUAAGACGCGCUGUUCCAGCCACGGUUGUUGAGGCCGCACAUGUUGUGAAACAUACAAUAUGACCCUAGCUUACAUAGAAUAUAGAUGAUUGUAUAUGAUAUGAAUAUUAUUCCAGAUAUG